AUGGAUGUGCCUCGCCCGACCAGCCGAGUCGAAAUUGUAGCAGCAAUGCGCCGCGUUCGUUAUGAAUUUAAGGCGAAAGGAGUUAAGAAGCGCAAAGUUACAGUUGAUGUAUCGAUAGAUGGCGUGCGCGUAACUACGCGUACCAAACACACCAAGAAUAAGAAGGGUUCGAAGUUCUUCAGCCGCAACAGAAACACGACUAAUGAGUGCAUCGAAAUUAUGCACCACCCGAUUUAUCGCAUAUUCUACGUUUCACACGAUAGUUCCGACCUGAAGAUUUUCUCCUACAUCGCAAGAGAUGGCGCCACUAACGUUUUCAAGUGCAACGUUUUCAAGAGCAGCCGCAAGAUCAUUGACGUCAUAAUGGCGCGCUUAGCAGUUUUGGGAAAUCAAACAUUGUAA